AUGGAAAAUAGCAGAAUGGUGGAAAAAAAGAAAAAAAAUAUUAAUGUGAUUGACAGAUUUUUUAAAAAACAUUUUUCAUCUAUAUAUAUUAUUCGUCUUAUUUUAAAUUUAGUACUAUUAAAUAUUCUUGUAAUUUAUUUUGUUAUACAUUUUUUUUUUAAUCAAAGUACACAAAAUCGUAUGAACAGUUCAGAAAAUUUUAACAAUUUAUAUUUUUUUAAAACAGUGCAAAAGAAUGAAGAAACAUAUGGAAAUGUUAUCUAUGUAAUAAGUAUUAUAUAUAUUAUAUUAUCUUUGGCAUUUUUCAUUCUAGAAUUUUAUAUAAAAUGGAGAAAAAACAAUGAACUAGAGUAUAUGAUAGAAAUAGAGGGCAAUCAAAUAUCAGAAAAUAAACAAAAGAAAAAUGAAAGUAAAAUAAGUAACAAGACUAGUACCCAUAAUUUGCCAUAUCAAAAUAAAAAUUAUGAGCAUAUAUUAGAAGACUCAAAGACAUUAAAUACUAACCACCUGAAGGAUCGAAACAAACAAAAAAAUGCACACACAAAUAUUCAUAUAACAACAAACUAUAUAUUUGUAUACACUUUGUUAAUGUUGUUGGGAAUAAGACAAUAUAAUAUAACCGAAUAUGUUUUAUAUUUUUUUUUUAUACUAGCUAUAUGUGAGCUUAGUACUCCCCUAACAAUAUCUAUGAAAUUGAUACACUUUAUAACAAAAUAUUAUAAAAUAAAUUUUUUAAAAAGAGGAAAAAAAAGUAAUAAUUCAGGUAUAAUGAUUAAAAAAAAGGAUAUAUAUUUUUUUUGGGGGUAUUUUGUCAUUUUACGCUUUUUAAAAAAAAUAAACAUUUACGAUAAAAUUAUUAUUAUUAUCAAGAAGAGCAAGCCAGUUUAUGAGUCAGACUUAAAAAAUGAAAAUAGUAAAAUAGUGAUAAAAAACAACUAUAUAUUUUAUUAUUAUUUUAUUAUUUUCUCUUUUUUUAAAAAAUGUAUAACAUACAUGUUCCACAUUUUGAGAAGGUGGAUGUAUAAUCAUAUAAAGACAAAAGACGAAAAAAAAAAAAACAUUAAUGAAACAGAAUCCCUUCUCAGAAACAUUGAAAAUAUGAAUACUGAUGUGGACAAAAUAGAAAUAAAUUAUAACGACAAUUUAAAAAAAAAAAUAAACAUUUACAAUACCGUUGUAUAUCAUUUUAAUGUGCCAAACAAAAAUAAAAAAAAUAAUAAUAUAUGCAACAAAAAUAAAAUAACAAAAAUAAAUCUAGAAAAUGAGAAUUCUGGUGAUAUUAAAAAGGAUGACAUAAAACUAAAUAGCUCAGAUAAAAUAGCUAACAAUCUUUCUAUGAAAAAAAAUGAGCUUAAUAAAAUAAUCAAAAACACAAAUAAAUAUAAAGACUAUUAUAUAAAAUAUAACAAAUAUAAUAAAACAAUUAGUGAUAUGGAUGAAGAAGAAUUUGAAUUUGAGAAUGAAAAAUAUUUUGUGAAUAAAAAUUUUAGUAUGAUAGAAAAAAGACAAUUUAAUGUAAUUGAAAAUAAAAAUAAUGAAAUUCAUUCAAACGAUAUAAAUAAAUAUGAAGAAAAAUCUCAAAAAAAAAAAAAAAAAAAUAUUAAUCCUAAGCAUCUAGAACUUAAACAUAUUUAUGAACAAAAUAAAGAUAACUCUUUAUAUUUUUCAAACACUUCAUCCACACAAGUUAAUGAAAAAGAAACAACUGAAGUUGAUCCUAAUGAAGAAAACAUUUCAUAUAUAGAUCAAAAUGAUUUUUCCACCAAAUUUUAUAAUAAUUAUAUGGUGAAAUAUGAAAAUAUUUCUAAAAAAUAUCAGGGACAAUGUUGCAACCCUGAUCAAGAUAUUUCAUACUCAUAUAAUAAUAAGUGUAUAAAUAAAGAAGAAAAUAUCGACAACAAUUAUUUUUCGAAAACUGAACUUGGUCAUGUUCCAAGUUUAAAUAUAAACAAAAGAAACACAAUUUGUACACACAGGUUAACAUAUAAAAUAAAAAAACAUAAUCUGGACAAAAAAAAUAUAUCUUUUGAAAAAAAUGUAAAAAGAAUUUUAUCCAAUUUUAAAAAAAGAAUGGAAGUAUGGAUAUUUUUAAACGCUAUUUAUAAAAUUGCAUUACUCCUAAACAUUUUAAUAAUUUUUUUUGUAAUGAGUAUUAUGCUGAAUAUUAAUUUAUAUAUUUUUACUACUAAUGUAAACUCGUUUUUUUUUUAUAAAAUGAUUUCUAUUUUAAUUCAGUGUUGUUAUUUUGUUUUUUUCCAUUUAUAUGUAUACGAAUAUAAUAAUAUUAUAAAGUGA